AUGGAUGAUUCCAGCGAUACUUUUCGAUCUGAACUGGAGAAAACAUAUUGCCCUCCAUUAGACUCCGCUCUUUUUGCUGCUCUUUCAUCCGAUUUUAAUCUUACGGAUUCCAACGAUGUCACUGCUUUACGGGAAAUUUUAGAUUCCCUAAAAGAAUCUGCUCAGCUCCAAGAAAAUGACCCAUUCGAUCCUUCAGGCACGGCAAAUGAGCAGGUUGCCAGCGAGAUGGGAGGAAUCCUUUCUGAGGCUGGGACCUCAGGUCAUGGAGAUUCACUACGCACAUUCACUGAUGUUACUAGUAUGGAGUCGCAUUUUUCUUCUGAAGAAAGCUCUGAUAGAAACAUUGCGUCGCCGAUAAACCCGAACAUUGCGUAUACUAUUGCCGCUGAUGGGUCUUUGGAAUUGACCGGCGCAUCGGCAAACGACAAAGUGGCCUUGCUAGCUGCAAUGUUUCCCAGUGUCUCUCUCCUUGAUAUAGAGCAGUGCUUGAAGAAGAGCAAUGGUGAUGUCGACAAAUCAAUGGACGUGUUGCUAAACUUGUCUUUUUUCAAAGAGACUUCAAUUACCGGGGACGACAGCCACAUAUCAGUGCCCAAGGGCAUUGAUGGUUUUUAUGCAGGAAACGCAGACAUCGGUCGGCAGAAGGGUCGCAACAAGAAGCGCAAUAAGAACCAAAAAAUCCCUCUGGCGCGUUCCUCAUCAUAUCAAGACGCGUCCACCACGAACAAGUGGAAUACAGGCAAGGCUGAUAUCGAUUUUAUUUGCUCGUGCAUCCCUGAUCUUCCCAGGGGAAAGAUCUCGGCCAUCUACAACAGCAAAGGGAUGGACCUCCGUGCGACGAUCAAGGCUUUGGCUCUUGAUGGCCAACUUGAUGAUUCCGAUGUUGAUAAGGACCCUGCUACAAUGGAACAUGUUGCUGAACUCACCGCUGUCUAUCCAACCAUCUCGAAGACCACACUGAUCGGUUUACUUCGGGUAACGGGCAAUAUGGUAACACCGGCAAAUGAACUGGCAGCGGUGUUGCUUCGGCAGCCUUCCCAGGCUGAGAUCAGUGAACUUAUCAAAUUUACGCCUGCGCCACUUAAUCUUAAUGAAGACGAGGAGAAUACUCUCUCUGGAGCUUCCUAUCGUCCCAAGGAGCCUUCUCAUGACAAUAUCGAAUAUGAAGACCUGCAAGCUACUGCAAAUGCCAAUUUUGCCGCAAGUUCAGCUGCGAAUAUGCAGGCUGCACAAGCUGCGCGUCGCUCAAGAUCCAACCAUCUAUACGGCGGAGUGUCGGCGUAUUACCGCCAAGUUGGACAGGAGCAUCGGGAGCGCGCAAUGAAUCAACUUGCUGCCGCAUCUGAUCGGCUUGUCGACAAACAGUCGUCGAAAUGUGAUCUCGACUUGCAUGGUGUCAAUGUUGAAAAUGCAAAGCGCAUCGUUCGCGAGCGGGUUGCUGCCUGGUGGGAUUCCCUUGGAGAUGCCAGGUAUAUUCGAGGAGGAGGUAUUGAUGUUCAUGGCGGCUAUAAAAUCAUCACCGGUAUUGGUCGCCAUAGUCGGGAUGGCACUUCUAGACUAGGCCCGGCUGUUGGGAAGAUGCUAAUCAGUGAAGGAUGGCGAAUAAGUAUCACACCUGGGUCUUUGAUUGUUCUCGGUGCUAGUCGGCGCUAG